UCUUGAUUCACAAAAUAAAAGACUCAAGCGAUUUAGUGGCGGAAAGACUAAGAGAACCCACGACUUUUUCCUCCCAGUUGACAGUUCUCUGAUAUGCGAUAGACCUCAAGCAUUUAAAAAGCAAAGCUUCAGAUGCUAACCCAGGUGCUAUCACUUUCUCAGCGCCUAAUCUUCACUCUCCGCUAGCUCCUUUAAUGAGCCUUCUGAGAGCUAAGGAGUCCUCGGAUUCAUUCAAAGCAUUCUACAAUGAACGCUAGGGGGGAAAAAGAACAAACAAGAUACAUUUCAAAUAUAGGAUUCAAUUACUUUUCACAACUCAAUGAUGUGUCAAAGGCACGCUGUGUUUUGUUUUGAGGGCGGGGAGAUGACAGGAGGGAAUCCUGGGCCCCCAUUGGCUCGCCGCUCGCCGCUGCAGUUGAGCUCCAGCCGCUCCGAAAGCAUUAUUGAUCUGAAGGGUAAAUGUGGAGGGAGCCACAGAGAGGGGUCCAGGCGUUUCUGAGAAGAGAGGCAGCCUCUUCCAGGAAGAAAGUGGUGUCUACUGGCUGCCCGGCCUGGAGAACCUUCUGUGAAUGAAAAGGGACAAAAUGCAAAGCAGUGUGUUGGCACAGUGAUUUGGAAAGGGGAAACAGGAGAGAAGGGUCUCACCUUCCGCGCAAGGCUGGGCUGUUGGCACCCUGCUGCGGCCGUCCCUGCUGCUGCUCCUGCAACUGCCUUUUCUGCCAUCAGCUCUGUUACCUAACAGCUUGACUCUUUGAGGAAUAUAGCCAAGCUGGAUCCCAGGAGCAGUAGCGAGUUUUAAAGAAUGCCAGCCUUCUUAAAGACAGUGAGGAGCUCAACCUAACACGGAAAAGGAGCACAGGAUGCAGCUACUUGAAGGGUGUUGAUUGAAAACUUCGAUCUCCCCACCCCAUUCACGGUUGAUUUGACGGAUUUCUCACCUCGUUCACAGAGAAAAUUUCAAUUAAGGUCCCUUUAGAUGGAAUAUAAUACAGCAGAAGCCUUUUCAUCAAAAGGAUUAAUGCCUGCAUUAUCAUUUCUGCAAUAAAACAAGAAGCUAAGUGGUGGAGGCCACAGACACCUCAAACCUGGAUUCCACAAUUCUACGUUAAGUUUUGGAGUUUUUAUUACUCUGCUGUAGGAAAGCCUUUGCCAAUGCUUACAAGGAACUGUUUAUCCCUGCUUCUCUGGGUUCUGUUUGAUGGAGGUCUCCUAACACCACUACAACCGCAGCCACAGCAGACUUUAGCCACAGAGCCAAGAGAAAAUGUUAUCCAUCUGCCAGGACAACGGUCACAUUUCCAACGUGUUAAACGUGGCUGGGUAUGGAAUCAAUUUUUUGUGCUGGAAGAAUACAUGGGCUCCGAGCCUCAGUAUGUGGGAAAGCUCCAUUCCGACUUAGACAAGGGAGAGGGCACUGUUAAAUACACCCUCUCAGGAGAUGGCGCUGGCACCGUUUUCACCAUCGAUGAAACAACAGGGGACAUUCAUGCAAUAAGGAGCCUAGAUAGAGAAGAAAAACCUUUCUACACCCUUCGUGCUCAGGCUGUGGACAUAGAAACCAGAAAGCCCCUGGAGCCUGAAUCAGAAUUCAUCAUCAAAGUGCAGGAUAUUAAUGAUAAUGAGCCAAAGUUCUUGGAUGGACCUUAUGUUGCUACUGUUCCAGAAAUGUCUCCUGUAGGUGCAUAUGUACUCCAGGUCAAGGCCACAGAUGCAGAUGACCCGACCUAUGGAAACAGUGCCAGAGUCGUUUACAGCAUUCUUCAGGGACAACCUUAUUUCUCUAUUGAUCCCAAGACAGGUGUCAUUAGAACAGCUUUGCCAAACAUGGACAGAGAAGUCAAAGAACAAUAUCAAGUUCUCAUCCAAGCCAAGGAUAUGGGAGGACAGCUUGGAGGAUUAGCCGGAACAACAAUAGUCAACAUCACUCUCACAGAUGUCAAUGACAAUCCACCUCGAUUCCCCAAAAGCAUCUUCCACCUGAAAGUUCCUGAGUCUUCCCCUAUUGGCUCAGCUAUUGGAAGAAUAAGAGCUGUGGAUCCUGAUUUUGGACAAAAUGCAGAAAUUGAAUACAAUAUUGUUCCAGGAGAUGGGGGAAAUUUGUUUGACAUCGUCACAGAUGAGGAUACACAAGAGGGAGUCAUCAAAUUGAAAAAGCCUUUAGAUUUUGAAACAAAGAAGGCAUACACUUUCAAAGUUGAGGCUUCCAACCUUCACCUUGACCACCGGUUUCACUCGGCGGGCCCGUUUAAAGACACGGCGACGGUGAAGAUCAGCGUGCUGGACGUAGAUGAGCCGCCGGUUUUCAGCAAGCCGCUCUACACCAUGGAGGUUUACGAAGACACUCCGGUCGGGACGAUCAUUGGCGCUGUCACUGCUCAAGACCUGGAUGUAGGCAGCAGUGCUGUUAGGUACUUCAUAGAUUGGAAGAGUGAUGGGGACAGCUACUUUACAAUAGAUGGAAAUGAAGGAACCAUCGCCACUAAUGAAUUACUAGACAGAGAAAGCACUGCGCAGUAUAAUUUCUCCAUAAUUGCGAGUAAAGUUAGUAACCCUUUAUUAACCAGCAAAGUCAAUAUACUGAUUAAUGUCCUAGAUGUAAAUGAAUUUCCUCCAGAAAUAUCUGUGCCAUAUGAGACAGCCGUGUGUGAAAAUGCCAAGCCAGGACAGAUAAUUCAGAUAGUCAGUGCUGCAGACCGAGAUCUUUCACCUGCUGGGCAACAAUUCUCCUUUAGAUUAUCACCUGAGGCUGCUAUCAAACCAAAUUUUACAGUUCGUGACUUCAGAAACAACACAGCUGGGAUUGAAACCCGAAGAAAUGGAUACAGCCGCAGGCAGCAAGAGUUGUAUUUCCUCCCUGUUAUAAUUGAAGACAGCAGCUACCCUGUCCAGAGCAGCACAAACACAAUGACUAUUCGAGUCUGUAGAUGUGACUCUGAUGGCACCAUCCUGUCUUGUAAUGUGGAAGCAAUUUUUCUACCUGUAGGACUUAGCACUGGGGCAUUGAUUGCAAUUCUACUAUGCAUUGUUAUACUCUUAGCCAUAGUCGUACUGUAUGUAGCGCUGCGAAGGCAGAAGAAAAAAGAUACCCUGAUGACCUCUAAAGAAGACAUCAGAGACAACGUCAUCCAUUACGAUGAUGAAGGAGGCGGGGAGGAAGAUACCCAGGCUUUCGACAUCGGGGCUCUGAGAAACCCAAAAGUGAUUGAGGAGAACAAAAUUCGCAGGGAUAUAAAACCAGACUCUCUCUGUUUACCUCGUCAGAGACCACCCGUGGAAGAUAACACAGACAUAAGGGAUUUCAUUCAUCAAAGGCUACAGGAAAAUGAUGUGGACCCAACUGCCCCACCGUACGAUUCACUGGCCACAUAUGCCUACGAAGGGACUGGGUCCGUGGCCGAGUCCCUCAGCUCUAUAGACUCUCUCACCACAGAAGCCGACCAGGACUACGACUACCUGACGGACUGGGGACCCCGCUUUAAAGUCUUGGCAGACAUGUUUGGCGAAGAAGAGAGUUAUAACCCUGAUAAAGUCACUUAAGGGAGUCGUGAAGGCUAAAAUGCAACCGAGAGGGGAGAUUUUUAAAAAAGAAAAAGAAACACAAAUAUUAAUAGAAAUCACUCACACAAACACAUACACACACACACACACACACACACACACACAGACUUUCUGGGACAAGAUUCCUUUGAUUAUCUGGUUUCUAGCAAGUUGUUAAAUUAAUCGUAUUGUCAGUUUUGGUUUAUUCUGCCAACACGAGAUACAUCCUAUAACGUGUACUUGCUUCGUUCUGUGGUUUGGUUUUUUCACAAUCACGCUGAGACAAGCUCAGGCCUAUUCAAUACAAUUUACUGGCAUGACAACCUAGAACGAAGAUAGCUAUGUGGCAUCACGGUGGAAGAGUGUUAGAUUUUUCUUAAUUCCACUAAAGUGCCUAUUGAAACUCUUAUCAUUUAAAGUGGUGUACAGUGCACUCUGCUGUGAUGGUAUUGCAGGAUUCAGAAAUAAAGAGGACAUAAAACAAAGACGUCCUUAUGUCAAGAAGCAAUAGCGACACUCUAACUCUCCUCAUUCCUUUUGAGAACAAAAGAACGUUUCCUGAUCUCCACCGUCUUCUAAUUCAAAAGGUUUUCUUUUUCUUUUUUAAACUGUAUGCUAAGACAUAUGUUUAUCCUAUCCUUUCAGAAAAUUGAAAUACAUAUGAAAAUAUCAAGUUCAAUAUGUAAGUCCCGAAUUCUGGAAACGAUGUUUGAUCUUAACAUUAGUUCACAUUAAAGCUGUUCAUUAAAAUGUUACUUUCUUUUCCAAAAAAAAAUCAAAUUAAAAAAAAAGAAAAGAAAAAAUAUUCCUCUUUAUAAAGAGAGGCCUCAGGGCUCAAAUUACACAUUAAAAUAAAUACUGGUUUUGCUUAAUAUUGUACUGGUGUGUGGAAAAUUGGUUUUAACAGUCACCAGAUUCAGCUUUUAGUCACAGAUAUAAUUUCAGGUUGUGUUUCUAUGAAAAUUCCUAGAAGAAAAAAGUGCCAUUCAUUUAAGCUUGGAAGGAGAAAUUCAUUGCACAGUUUCUCAGAGUUUCUUACAAUCUAGUGAUUCUUUGAUGAGCAGCAAAAUAAAAUACAUAUCAAAUAAUCGAGGAUGGAUUUAUAAGAUGUCUAAAAAUAUUUGUUAUACAUUAUUGAAAAAAUAAAAAAUCGAGGGCUGAAAAAAUUCAAACCAAUGACUGAAUCCUAAAAUGAACGCAAAUUCAAUCUCAGGCAGCUAAUAUACUUACUUACAUGGACUUCAACUUUGUGAACACCAUUAUCAUAUUGGAGCUCAUAGUUGCCUCUUUGUUCCCUCAUCUACAAAAAUCUUAAUGUAAAUUAUCCCUUACAAAUUCCCUGUAAAGAACUUUUUAAUUUGAUGCAAAUUUCUAAGUAAUAUUAGAUUUUAUAAGCGCAUUAGUAAACUAAACUCACAUACAUCACUUUCAAGCAGAUUGCACACUAGCUUGGAAAACAUAAAAAUAUGCAAACUAAUUAUAAAAUAAUACAUUUUCUAUGAAUAUGAUAACUGCUUAAGUGACUACUGUAAUACUGACACUAUAUGUAUGAAAAAAUUAAAGUUACUUAUGGGUCCAUCCUGAAGAUACGGUCAAUAUCUAGCUGGGUUUAUGAAAUACUUAUAAAUAUAUUUAAUAUUUGCAAGGUUUUGAAGCUAAAAAUUCACACAUGGGAAAAACAGGCAGAAGUAUAGACAACACAAGAAAAUCAUAUUCACCUUUAUUCAUUUAUAAAUGCAUCCAUUAAAAUGAUCUGACUACUCGUUAUGCUGUGGCAAUGGGGCCAUUUGAAUUCGCAUUCCCCAUUUCUUUGUUGAUAUCUCCCAGUUCCAUAUUCUCAUUUUCUCCCUUUCAGGAAUGGCUGAUGAACUUGUUUUCUUCUAUCCCAUCCCAAUUUUAGCUUUAUCUAUCCCUAAGAACUGCAUUAUAAUAUUGAUGUAGUGUGGUAAUUUACAGUAUGUUUGGGAAAGUAUUUAGAUAACAGGUUUCAAAAGCUGGUGAAGCCAUAACCAUCCUGGAGAGAAAAAUCAGGACAAUUUUUGGGUUUGCCUUAGCAACAUGAUUUGCUGUGGAGUGAUGCAUAACCCCUGAAGAAGCUUACCAUGCAAGAUUACUUCUGGUAGACAAAAAGAUUCCCAUCAGGAAUUGCUGCAUUUUGCAUUUUGUAGGAAAUCUAACUGCCUCUGCAUGUGGUCAUUUAGCAGAGGCAAUGGUAGCAUGGAGAAAACUUGGGAGGGGCAGGUCAUUUCAAACCUCAUGGCUGAGAUGCUGAACAAAAAUAUGAAAUAGGUAGGAUCUUAUUUUCACCAAACUGUUGAAUACUUUUUAGUAUGUCUGGCUUUUAUUUUUGCCACACCACUGCAUUUGUUUGCUAGGUCUGCCAUAACAAAAUAUCGCAGUCUGAGUGACUUAACAGUAACGUAUUUUCUCACAGUUCUGGAGGCAAAACAUCCAAGAUGAAGGGGUUGGCAGAGCUGAUUUCUCCUGGGAGUCCCUCCUUGGCUUGCCCAUGGCCAUCUUCUCUCUGUGUCUUCACACGGUAGUCCCUUUUUGCUUACUCAUGUCCCAAUUUCUCUUCUUAUAAAAAACACCAGGCUGGGCACGGUGCCUGUAAUCCCAGUUUUGGGAGCCG